UAUCAAGAUCUGGCUUGCAUAGUACAGUAGUACAAUAAUAUCCAAAUGCAUAAUAUUCCAACUUUGGCACAAGUUGACCUCAUUCAGAAAAAAACAUACUCCGGGCCAGAUUUGGGCUAGUCCAGCGGUCAUCACUGAGCAAAUGUUAAAGCGGCGCGGCGCCGGGGUGUUGGCUGGAGAGUGGCGAGCCGCCGAUAGCAGAGAAUGGCAACGGAGUUCGAUUCCGGCGGCGGCUCGAAGAGGCAGCGGACAGAUGAGGAAGGGGAGCAACCGCAGCGAGACGUGGAGGAGGCAGAGGAAGACCACAUCUCGACCCUGCCGGAGGCGCUGCGGCUGCACAUCCUCGCGCUCCUCCCUUUCAAAUCCGCCAUCCGCACCGGCGCGCUCUCCACCCAGUGGCGCGCGCUCUGGACUUACCGCUGGCCGGCGCCUUCCUCCCUGGAAUUCCGCGUCCCCGUCCAGCAGGAAUCCUCGCGGCAGCUCAUGGAAGCCAUGGAGCGGCGCGGGGUGCGGCGCCUCGACCGGUUCUCCCUCUCGCUCCAGAUCGGCGGGCUCAACCCCGAGGACUUCCGCCGCUUCCUCGACUACGCUGCCGCCUGUUCUGUCGCGGACCUCGACGUCCACUUCUCCGGCGCAAACGAGGUCUCCGGCCGCGCCUUCAACUUCCGCCUGUCGCCGGGCAACCCGCGCCUCGAGCGCCUCUCCCUCGGCGGCGUCUGCGUCGGCCUCUCCGACUCCUUCUGCCCCGAUACCCGCCCCUACUCUGCCCUCGAGGCCAUCCACCUCCACCGCGUCACCGUCUCCGACGUCACCAUCUUCGACAACACCGUCUUCGACCUGGUCGCCGCAUGCCCCGUCCUCAGCACCCUCGAUUUACGCUACUGCAAAGGACUGCGGGGCCGCGACUACUUGCCCACCGGGACUAACCUGAAGAGCGUCACCGUCGCGGAGUGCAAAUACGUCACCGACGUUAUGAUCCGUGAGGAGGACGCCGGCCUCCUCCGCUCCUUGCGCUACAGCGGCGGCUACCUCAACGCCAACCUAAUCCCGACCAUCCUUGACGACCUUUACCUCUGCUUCGGGGGACCUGACCGCAAACGCUCGGGACCCUCCAUAUGGAUCAGAACAGACGAUGGAGAAUUGAGGCUCUGCAAGAUGAGUUGUCUUGAUGCACUCAUCAACUGCUCUAACCUCACCGUGCUUACCCUCUGCAGCAGUGCCCUACGGAGAGUUUCUGGCAAGGCUCGUGCCAAAUCAGUAGCUGGAAAUGCUGCCUUGUGCCAGUUAAGGAAUUUGAGAGAGGUGCAGCUGCUGAUGUUUGCAAUGUACAACGAAAAUCUAGGCCACAUUAUGGAUUUCCUCAUGAUAUGCUGUAGUUCUCGAUUGGAGAGACUAUUUGUGCAGCUUCCAACAAGGACUGAUCAAUAUAAGCCAUACGAAGAACCAUCAGAAUCAGAGGAAGAUAGGUCAGAUUCAGAGGAAGUGGUGUCAGAGGAAGAUGAGCUAGAGGAAGAGCUGUCUGAGUCUGAGGGAGAAGAGUCCGAUGAAGAUCAAUCAGAACAAGAUGAGUUAGAGGAAAUGGAGUCAAGGGAAAAUCACUCAAAGUUUGACGCAUCAGAGGAAGAGGUAUCAGAGGAAUGUCACCCAAAGGAAGACGCAUCAGGGGAACAGGGGUCAGCGGAAGGUCAAUUAAAGGAAAAUGGUUCAAAGAAAGAGCUGUCUGAUGGAGAGCAAUCAGAACAAGACGAAUUAAAGGAAAUGGAGUCAGGGGAAAAUCACUCCAAGGUUGGUGCAUCAGAGAAAGAGGUGUCAGAGGAAUAUCAUUCAAAGGGAGACAAAUCAGAGGAACAGGGUUCAGCAGAAGAUCAAUCAAAGGAAGAUGGGUCAAAGAAAGAGCCAUCUGAUGUAGGGCAAUCAGCAGAAGAGCCACUAGGGGAUGGCUGUGAAAACCUUAUGUCGCUCAAGAUGGAGAAUUUUAAGGGCCGCCACAAUGAGAUGCGGCUAGUAAGCUUUGUGCUAAAAAAGUCAGCCAGACUCAACCAAUUGAUUCUAUUUACUCCCAGCGGUCACCUAGAAGGGCUUCAUAAGGAUCAUCUGAAUACAUCCGAGUUUCUUGAAACCAAACUGCUGCCUCUCGAAAAGGCUUCUCCAAAUGCUCAGAUAAUUGUCAGUGAGCCUGAUGAUACUGCAGUCCAGCCAUUGCAUUGGGAGACCUUUGUCCAGGUUUAAUUAUUUGUCAACAGUGUGAACUUUUGAUCAGAUGAUUUUAGAUUAAAGUUUGCACUUUGGGUAAGAUGAAGUGUAAUCUAAUCGUCAAGAUUUGCAUGAUUGUCUAAUUUUGUAGUCCAUGAAAGAUGAGUGACACAGGGCUUGAGGCCUUAUGUCAUGGCCUUUUACUUGAGACUUUCAAAUGUCAUGUUUACAAUCCGUAUGAAGCAUUGUUGUCAUGUUGGUGUUGAGCUGAGAACAAACUGCCGAUAUAGUAAGCGUUGUUGGUUUUGUUUUUAUAAGGACAAACUGAUCGGGAUUCAGUGUAGCAGUUCUACAAGAAUGUCUUGUGAAAAUAAGAAAAAUGGAGGUUAGCUUGCAGAGUGGCUUUCAUACUGGGUUCCUAUUGUGCAUUUUUCCCUGUGGAUCUUGAUUAGUUCCUUCCUUUUCCCUCGACAUUGGUUGCAGAGUGCCUCUGAUGUUUUGUUCUCAUCUGCGUGAAUUGAGAAGACUUAAAAGGACUUAAGUUUAAGCAUGUAUGGUUGUAUAAGUUACGGAACCCUUUGGCUUUGACAGUCUUGAGAUUCUUUGUUUUUAAAUUAUGCAUGUCCUCUAUAAUCAUGUAAAAAUAAGCUUA